ACUAGCAGCUAGUGUCGCAGUAGCAGUUUUUCCCGUCGGGCAGCUAGAGAAACAUUGGACCAAAUGCCUUAGAAAACAGCUCCUCUUCGCCUCUCUUGUUUAAUCAGACUCCUGGAGUGGACCCCGUUCAUCGGAAUCACUGCAGAUCAUCGAUGGUUGCGUCAAAAGGAACUUUAUUUUCGGCCACAUAUCAGUAGCCGUUAGCAGCCGUUAGCCUGUUAGCAUCGCGAUGUUUCAGGAAGCCUAGACUGUGCAUGGAGAGGUUCUGGUGGCGGUGGGAGUGAGCAGCCAAUCAGACUAGGCCUCCAGUAGCAGCAUGGCAUCCCGUCAGAGGAACUCGGUCCGGAUCCUGUGCUGCCGGGAGCGAGGCUCCCAGUCGCUGGGCUCCCAGAGGCUCCUGCAGCUGCUGGUGGAGGAGAAAGUGCGCUGGAUGAAAUGGCAGAGUCAGAAAGUGGAGCUGCCGGACAGCCCCCGCUCUACCUUCCUGCUGGCCUUCAGCCCCGACAGGACUCUCAUGGCCUCCACUCAUGUGAACCACAACAUUUACAUCACAGAGGUGAAGACUGGGAAGUGCCUACAUUCAUUAGUGGGCCACCGGAGGACCCCCUGGUGUGUGACCUUUCACCCCACCAUCCCCGGCCUGGUGGCCUCCGGGUGCCUCGAUGGGGAAGUCCGCAUUUGGGACCUUCAUGGCGGCAGUGAGAGCUGGUUCACUGAGAGCAACGUGGCCAUCGCCUCCCUGGCCUUCCAUCCCACCGCCCAGCUGCUGCUCAUCGCCACCAACAACGAGCUGCACUUCUGGGACUGGAGCCGGCCCGAGCCCUUCGCCGUGGUGAAGACGGGCAGCGACACCGAGAGAGUGCGGCUGGUGAGGUUCGACCCGCUCGGGCACAAUCUACUGACGGCCAUCGUGAAUCCGUCCAAUCAGCAGAGCGAGGAGGACUCCGAGGUCCCGAUGGACAGCGUCGAGAUGCCUCACUUCCGGCAGCGCUCCUUCCUGCCCUCACAACCGGUUCGCCGUACCCCCAUCCUGCACAACUUCCUGCACAUCCUGUCCUCCCGCCCACCGGGGGCUGCAGUGGGGGGGGAGCAGCCCCGCCCCCUGGGGGAGGGGAUCAGCAGCGUGGCAGAAACUCCCAGCAUGCCUCUGUUCUCAGAGCGCGGGCCCCCCCCCACAGGCUGCACGCAGCACCUGGGCUUGAUGUGCCUGUGCAGCCGCUGCUCCCUCAGCCGCCCCCCCUCCCUGGCUGCUCCACCCCCCGAAGCAGCCCCCCAGGCCUCCUUCUCGUCGGCCCGCACCGAGCCGCGGCCGGAAAGGAGCUCUGCCUUCACCUCCGUCUACUACAGUGCCGGCUCCUCUCUCAACCCCCCUGCCGAGCCCCCCCCCCGGCCCGGCCCCGACUGGACCCGCAACCUGCUGAGCAUGAGGGAGGGGGGGGGUCCCGGCAUGCUGCCCCCCCGCACCUCCUCCUCCUCCAUAAGUCUGCUGUCUGUGCUGCGUCAGCAGGACGGCUCCCCCCCCGUCUACACCUCGGCCUCCGAGGGGCGUGGUUUCCCCCCCCAGGAGUCCCGGGACGCCGCCGGCACCAGCAGCGGCCACCACCCGUUCUGGGACGGUUCCCGCGGCAACACGGCCUCCUUCCGCAACGUGCUGCAGUGCAACCUGAGCCGCUACUUCCUGGAGUUCGACCGCAUGCAGGAGCUGGAGCCCAGCCCGGAGCUGCUCAACAACAACCUGGACCCCGAGAGGCCGGGGCCCUCCGCCCCCACCAUCAUCCACUACCAGCCCCCUCUGCCCCCUCCUCCCACCCCCCUGGACCCCGGCGUCCCCCCUCCACCCCCCCGGGGCCACCUGAACCGCUGCCGGGCCUGCCACAACCUGUUGACCUUCAACCACGACUCGCAGCGCUGGGAGCGGACCAGCCAGACCUCCUCCACCACGGAGCCCCCCCCUUCCUCCUCUGUCGCACCGUGGCCACCUGAGGAGGCCCAGCCCCCGGAGAGGAGGGGCCCCCCGGAGCCCAGUGAGCCCCCCCCCCCUGCAGGAGCCUUCCCCAUGGCCCCGACCCCCGGGCCCUCCGCGGAGCAGACGGUCGGGCUGGUAUACAACCAGGACACGGCGCAGUGGGAGAGGGUCUACCGGCAGCCUGCUACCAGCAGGGUCCCCCCCCCGGAGGCCUUAAGCCAAGAAAUGCCUGUGGACCCCCCCGACGAGGACUCCCUCAGGAGACGGCUGCUGGAGUCUUCUCUGCUGUCUCUGUCUCGCUACGACAUGUCGGGAUCCAGGGACCACCCCAUCUACCCUGACCCCGCCAGGCUCUCUCCAGCUGCGUACUACGCCCAGAGGAUGAUCCAGUACCUGUCGCGGAGGGACAGCAUCCGCCAGCGCUCGCUGCGCUACCAGCAAAACCGCCUCCGGGCCAUGUCCUCCUCCUCCGACAGCCCCAACCCCUCCAGCUCCAUGGACAACAGCGACGUGGAUUUCGAGGAGCUCGAUGACACCGGAGAGCGAGCGCGGCACAGGACUCCUCGGAACGCCCGGAUGUCUGCUCCCUCUCUGGGCCGCUUCGUCCCUCGGCGCUUCCUCCUCCCCGAGUACCUGCCCUACGCCGGGAUCUUCCACGAGAGGGGACAGCCCGGCCUGGCCACACACUCCUCCGUCAACAGAGUGCUCGCUGGUGCGUCCAUCGGGGACGGUCAGUCUGCAGUCGCCAGCAACAUUGCUAACACCACCUACCGCCUGCAGUGGUGGGACUUCACCAAGUUCGACCUGCCGGAGAUCAGCAACGCCUCGGUCAACGUCUUGGUGCCAAACUGUAAAAUCUACAACGACGCCAGCUGCGACAUCUCUGCAGACGGUCAGCUGCUGGCCGUCUUUAUUCCCAGCAGCCAGCGGGGUUUCCCUGACGAAGGAAUCCUGGCCAUCUACUCUCUGGCUCCUCACAACCUGGGAGAGAUGCUGUACACCAAGAGAUUUGGUCCCAAUGCCAUCUCCGUGUCCCUGUCCCCCAUGGGCUGCUACGUAAUGGUGGGCCUGGCCUCCCGCAGGAUCCUGCUGCACCCCACCACCGACCACAUGGUGGCACAAGUCUUCCGCCUGCAGCAGCCCCACGGGGGGGAGACCUCCAUCCGGAUGGUGUUUAACGUGGUGUACCCCAUGGCUCCGGACCAGCGGCGCCACGUUAGCAUCAACUCUGCGCGCUGGCUGCCAGACCCCGGGAUGGGUCUGGCCUACGGGACCAACAAGGGGGACCUGGUGAUCUGCAGGCCUGUGUUCUACCGGAGUGACGGUGAGAGCCCUGCAGAGUCGAGCAGCGAGCCGUUAUUCUCUGUGAACAACAGCGGGACGAGCCGGACCCGAGGAUCUGAGAGGCCGGGCCCUCACCGCUCCGGCUGGAGGCUGGACCGGGACAUGGGUUUGAUGAACGCCAUUGGUCUGCAGCCCCGACACCCCACCCCCUCUGUGACAUCACAGGGAACCCAGACGCCAAUCAUCCAGCUGCAGAACGCCGAGACUCAGACAGAGAGGGAGCUGUCGGACGCCCCCCCACCCUCAGCCAAUGCUCCUCCUGAGACUCCCUCAACCAGCGCUGCAGCCCCAGGGCAGGAGGAAGCUCCGAGCAGAGGAACAGCCGAGGCCAGCACCGAUUCUUUGGAGGCGGGCCCCGGCGAGGACGCUCUGGCUCGGAUCCGCCGGCUGAUCGCGGAGGGGGGGAUGACGGCGGUGGUUCAGCGGGAGCAGAGCACCACCAUGGCGUCCAUGGGCGGGUUCGGGAACAACAUCAUCGUCAGCCACCGGAUCCAUCGCGGCUCGCAGACAGGGGCCAACAGGGCCCUGGCUGGCCCCUCCCAGACCGGUGCCUCCAGCUCAGGGCUCCUCACGCCACCCCCGCCUUCUGUGGUGGACAUGGACGACGUGUUUGAGGGGGGAAGGACGGACGAGGACUCCCUCCCGGGGCCCUCUACCUCCUCCAUGCUGCAGUCCUCUCCCCCACCCUCCUCUCACAGUGGGGGGGGCGGGGCCUCCAGUGGUUACCCAGACGACCCGUACAGCAGGUAGUGCUCUGAUAGGCCGAGAGCAGCUGAGCGACGGCCACUGGCAGAGAGCUCCCUUAAAGCCUUAUCUCUCGCAGGCCCCCCCCCCCCGACCGAACUCUCAGUGGAGGAGGACCACCACGGGACUUUCCGGAGUAAUUGAUGUACGGUAGAAAACGGACAGAGCAUUUAUCUCCGUAUUUUACGAUCAUGAAAAAACAUUUCCUAUCCAAUCAGAGCCUCAGGCUAGAGACACAGCAACAGCUGACCACAGCUGAUCAUAGCUGACCACAGCUGAUCAUAGCUGACCACAGCUGAUCAUAGCUGACCACAGCUGGACCACAGCUGAUCAUAGCUGACCACAGCUGAUCAUAGCUGACCACAGCUGGACCACAGCUGAUCACAGCUGACCACAGCUGACCACAGCUGGACCACAGCUGAUCAUAGCUGACCACAGCUGAUCAUAGCUGACCACAGCCAUGAAUUACAGCAGAUUAAGGGAUCAUCAUUGGUGUUCACUCAUGUCACUCAAACUAGACAUGCUUGUGAGGAGGCAGGGCUUAUGUCCAUGUAGAUAUCAACAACAACAAAAUAUACUUAACGGCUAACAGCUGCUGUUUGGUUUGAGAUUCAAACCGUCGUAACCGACAGGCUGAGAUCCUCCGCUCGGAUUGGCUCUUACAGAUUGACUUUGAUCGCUCGUUGUUUUCUGGCGGGUGUUUGCUGCUUCGACCUGACGUCUAAUUUGUGGCAUAGUUAUAAUAAAUAGAGGACUCUCUCGCUGUUAACUACCGUACAUAUUUUCCCAGUAAUGACCUCUCAUUGGUGCGGGGGCAGGAAGGGGUGGGGCCUCCCUCUGGGCGUCACUUAUAAACUGCACUGAAGCUGAAACAGAAAGGGCUGCUCCUCGAACAGUUAGCGCUGCGCUCCCUCCACCCGGACUCUAUUAGCAUCAUGGGGGGGGGCAAGGUUUAUCAAAGUGCCAUGUCUGCAGGGGAGGGGGGGCUUUACACACAUUUACUCCAACGUGCUGCAUUAAGGUGCCAUGUGAUGUUGAACUUUGAUGUGAACUAGUGCGUGAUUGAAGUGUUUAAAGUGAAUUCAGCACUACUUUAUCUGAAGCCUGUUUUUGUACCGUGUAAUUCUGAAGAAAAAGGAGGCCGGACCCUGAAUCCUGAACCACGACUCAGCAUCAUGACUUUCUAAUCCUGAACCACGACUCAGCAACAUGACUUUGAAUCUGAACCAUGACUCAGCAUCAUGACUUUCUAAUCCUGAACCAUGACUCAGCAACAUGACUUUGAAUCCUGAACCAUGACUCAGCAUCAUGACUUUCUAAUCCUGAACCAUGACUCAGCAUCAUGACUUUCUAAUCUGAACCAUGACUCAGCAUCAUGACUUUCUAAUCCUGAACCAUGACUCAGCAUCAUGACUUUCUAAUCUGAACCAUGACUCAGCAUCAUGACUUUCUAAUCCUGAACCAUGACUCAGCAACAUGACUUUCUAAUCUGAACCAUGACUCAGCAACAUGACUUUCUAAUCUGAACCAUGACUCAGCAACAUGACUUUCUAAUCCUGAACCAUGACUCAGCAACAUGACUUUCUAAUCUGAACCAUGACUCAGCAACAUGACUUUCUAAUCCUGAACCAUGACUCAGCAUCAUGACUUUCUAAUCCUGAACCAUGACUCAGCAUCAUGACUUUCUAAUCCUGAACCAUGACUCAGCAACAUGACUUUCUAAUCCUGAACCAUGACUCAGCAACAUGACUUUCUAAUCUGAACCAUGACUCAGCAACAUGACUUUCUAAUCUGAACCAUGACUCAGCAACAUGACUUUGAAUCUGAACCAUGACUCGGCAUCAUGAUCUGGUAAAGUGACUUUGAAUCUGAACAAUGACUCAGCAGCAUGAUCUGGUAAAGUGACUUUGAAUCUGAACCAUGACUCAGCAUCAUGAUCUGGUAAAGUGACUUUGAAUCUGAACCAUGACUCAGCAUCAUGAUCUGGUAAAGUGACUUUGAAUCUGAACCAUGACUCGGCAACAUUCAUUUUUUUUCAUUGUUUUAUUGGUUCCGCUCAUGAUGGUGCACAACAGAAGAAAAAAAAGAAAAGAAAAUCAAUUCAGAACACAACUGUACUUACACAUUCCAUGAGCGAAAAGGAGCAGGGGGAAGAGUACAUGUUAUUGUGCCUGCCCCUUACUCAAAACAUAAAGCAACAAUCAGAAUAGAUGGUCUGUCAAUUAUAGUUACUUACAACCAACACUUACAGUAAGGUGAGAAAGGAAACACACUAAUUCAGUCAACCAAGGAAACAGAUCAGCUGCCACUUCAUGAAGGUUAGUUACUCUUUCUGUAAACAUCCUCCUGAACUGAAACACAUUCAUACAACCCUUUGAAUCAUUCUGUCGACAAUUCCACAGUUUGACUCCAACCACUGAAAUACACAUCUGCUUUAAAGUAGUGCUUCCUGAUGCUUAAAAUGAAAUGUCCUUCUUCGCUCCUCAUCCUCUGAACUGAAAACAAACAGGUUCUGCUAAUACUUUGCUUUUUGCCCUGAAUAUAACUACUAGUGUCUGGAACUCAACUAAAUCCUUAAGUUUCAAAAGUCCUGACUAUCUGGUGUUCUCUGAAGUCCACUUUAUGAAUAAUUCGUACUGCUCCUUUCUGUAACAUAAAGAAUGGAGUUAUAUUACUCAUGUACGUGUUGCCCCACACUUCCACACAAUAGCUCAAAUAUGGCAAAACCACUGAGCAGAAUAGAAUUCUCAUUGCCUUGUAAUCUAACACAGACUUUGCUUUAUUCUAAACAGAAAUGACUCAUUACUUUUUAAUCCUGAAACAUGACUGUAUCAUGACUCUGUAUCAUGACUCUGCAAAAUGACUGUGCAUCAUGACUCUGCAAAAUGACUGUAUCAUGACUCUGCAAAAUGACUCUGCAUCAUGACUCUGCAAAAUGACUCUGUAUCAUGACUCUGCAAAAUGACUCUUUAUCAUGACUCUGCAUCAUGACUCUGCAAAAUGACUCUGUAUCAUGACUCUGCAAAAUGACUCUGUAUCAUGACUCUGCAAAAUGACUGUAUCAUGACUCUGCAAAAUGACUGUAUCAUGACUCUGCAAAAUGACUCUGUAUCAUGACUCUGCAAAAUGACUCUGCAUCAUGACUCUGCAAAAUGACUCUGCAAAAUGACUCUGCAUCAUGACUCUGCAAAAUGACUCUGUAUCAUGACUUGCACAAAUGACUAUCAUGACUCAGCAUCCAGAAAAUCCCGAUGACUUAACUCGGACUGAGUCUCGCUGCACGUCUGCAUUCAUGAGUCUUUUGUUUUAUUUAACGAGUGAAGAGAAGAACAACUUCCUGCUUGGGGGAGUCAUUGUGCCAUGCUACAAACCCCCCGCCCCCAUUCUCUUAAAAAAACAGAAGAGGCCUGGAUAAGUUAUUUAGGAACCAGAUCAGGACCGUUUAAUAUGAAACACGUAUAGAAUAAUCCGGAGCCAGGGGAGUGGGAACCUUCAGGAACACUUUAGGACUACCACCUUACAUGACCUUAUAGAUGAACCCUUACCUACAGACACACUUCUUUAAAGUCAGACAAACCGCUGAGAAACGUAGUGGAACAUCUAUGAGCAGAAACUGCUGCUGGGUGAAACCCGGAGACGUUUGUUUAGAAAAAUCCAAAUAAUUUAGGAUUUUUAUUUUAUUUCUUUAUGUCCGGAAAUGUGUUUGAGGGUAUACGUUUUGUUUUAAAUCACACAUUCAGAUCCUUAACCCCCCCCCUCCUGGCUCCAUAACCACACAUUUCUAAACCUAAAAAAUGUGAUGGAUCAGAGAGGGGGGAGGGAGCCUCUGGCCGGUAAUGUGUUUCUGGUCUGGGGGGUGGAUGGUGUGUGAUGGACCUAUGGAUAUGAGCAGGGGGGGGGGGGGGUGUCUCUGUGUGCUUUUAUUUUGUAUUAUUUAACUUCCUGUUGUGCAGGUGAGUCCGGCUGCAUGUCUGAGAAACACAUCUGAAUGCUCCUCCUGGCUUUACUUGAUUACUGAACGUGUGUGUGUGUGUGUGUGUGUGUGUGUGUGUGUGUGUGUGUGUGUGUGUGUGUGUGUGUGUGUGUGUGUGUGUGUGUGUGUGUGUGUGUGUGUGUGUGUGUGUGUGUGUGUGUGUGUGUGUGUGUGUGUGUGUGUGUGUGUGUGUGUGUGUGUGUGUGUGUGUGUGUGUGUGUGGACCCCCUGCUGUGUCAUACUUUGUACAGCUCGAUUCUUUGCUUGGACUUUUAGAUGUGAUGUAAUUAAAGAGCUUUGAGAGUUUCCUGUCCGCUGUUUUCAGAUCCUCCCUCUGUAGAGAACCUGCCUCUGCAGACCAUUGACAUGCACUAACACCUGUAGAGCUACAGGAGAGAAACACCACAGAAGAACACAGGCCCGGGACAGAAAUACUUUUGAUAGAGUAGUUAUCAAAGAGUGAAUAUCAAUAUGACAUGUGUUUAGACAUCUUACCAUUUUAAUGUUUGUAUUUAACUAAGACUUUAGUAUUUAUUUAGAAAGUUGAAAUAAUAAAUACUUCUCACCCA